CAGUGAAGAACCACAGAGGAAGAAUAUGUCCGCCUCUGUCUUCUAUCACGUCCUCACACAGACUUUGAAUAGCUGUGACUGACUGUAACAUCAUCGACUAACUCUCAACCGACCAGAGAAGAUGAGCGGACGCGGCAAGGGAGGAAAAGGACUCGGUAAAGGAGGCGCCAAGCGUCACCGUAAAGUUCUCCGUGAUAACAUCCAGGGCAUCACCAAGCCCGCCAUCCGCCGCCUGGCUCGCCGUGGCGGAGUGAAGCGCAUCUCCGGUCUGAUCUACGAGGAGACCCGCGGUGUGUUGAAGGUUUUCCUGGAGAACGUGAUCCGUGACGCCGUCACCUACACCGAGCACGCCAAGAGGAAGACCGUGACCGCCAUGGACGUGGUGUAUGCUCUGAAGAGGCAGGGCCGCACUCUUGUCGCGGCCCUGCGCUCCACUUUCCUCCUGUUCAGAGAAUCAAGCAGCAACAUGGCGAGGACCAAGCAGACCGCUCGGAAAUCCACUGGAGGCAAAGCUCCCAGGAAGCAGCUGGCCACCAAGGCUGCCCGCAAGAGCGCGCCGGCCACCGGCGGCGUGAAGAAGCCUCACCGCUACAGGCCCGGUACCGUGGCUCUGAGAGAGAUCCGUCGCUACCAGAAGUCCACGGAGCUGCUGAUCCGCAAGCUGCCCUUCCAGCGGCUGGUGCGAGAGAUCGCUCAGGACUUCAAGACCGACCUGCGCUUCCAGAGCUCCGCGGUCAUGGCUCUGCAGGAGGCCAGCGAGGCUUACCUGGUCGGCCUGUUCGAGGACACCAACCUGUGCGCCAUCCACGCCAAGAGGGUCACCAUCAUGCCCAAGGACAUCCAGCUGGCCCGCCGCAUCCGAGGGGAGAGGGCGUAACCUGCUGCUGCUCCACUGACCACAACACCGGCUCUUUUAAGAGCCACUGACUCUGACCUGGAGACAACGGUCCUCUGAUGCUCUCACUCCUUAGGAACUGAUGUGUAGUUCAAUGAUCACAUGAUGAACCAUCGUUAGGUGGUGUGAUUUGCCUACAUAAUGCCUGAAGAUAGAUUCAUUAUAUCGAUUAAACGUCCUAGUGAUUUUUGGGAGACCAUGUUUUUAUUUAAAAUUAAUUAAUACACAUGUAAUAAUUUGCUCAAGUUAAUCCGUGGAAGGAUGGAGUUAAUACAUGUCCUGAGGAAAUAAAAACUGUCAUGCGACCCCCGUAA